GUGAAAAUGAAAGUAGAAAAUACCAGUUGUUUUCGUUUUCGUGUUGCGAGUAACAAAAGCAACUUAUUUGGACCUUUUUGUGUUUCUGUGUGUAAUGUUUCUAAAUUCUAAUAGGCAGUAUGGAAUUUUGUGUAUAUAUAUAUCUACUCUGCUUCUCGUGUGCAUACGCCUUUGAAGAGGAUUUGUCAUACUAUGAAUUCUUAAAGAAAACUGACCUAAAUAGACGCGUUCGCAGGAGCGUUGAUCCAAGGCCAAAUGCAGCCAUCCAUGAAGUGUGGUUUGAAAGUUUUGGAAGAAAAUUUCACCUACUAUUGAAACCAUCAGUGCCACUGUCCAGUGAUUUUAAGGCCUCAGCUGUUCACAGCGAUGGUUCAACCUCAGAGUUUGCGGUCAACAAGGACCUCUAUUUUGAAGGGACCUCGAAGACAGACCCAGGGUCCUCAGUGCACCUCCAGUGGGAGAACGACCUGGCUAUCAUCAGUGUCAACACAAAGGAGGAAAAAUAUUUCUUUGAGCCUUCUUGGAGGCAUUUGUCAGGACCUUCAAAUGACAAUAUGAUAGCGUACCGACUCUCGGACAUGAAGUGGAAACCAGAGAAAACGACUAUGGGAAUUAGGGAACCACUGUGCAAUGCAACAAGGGGAACAACUUUAACAGGGGCAGAUAACUUAGAGGAUGGGCUAAGGCUUUUCCCUAUUUAUGAUGAAAUGGAAAGUCCCAUGAGGCAAAAACGUCGGGCAAUGUCGUACGUAGGAACCCACACUGUUUGCCGAUUGGUCGUUGUUGCCGAUUAUUAUUUCUUCCAAAAUCUUGGACAGAGUGAUCGAAGAACAACAGGAGAAUAUAUUAUUGGGAUAAUUGGCAGAGUAAAUGCAAUUUAUAAGGUAACGAACUGGCCAGAUUCAAACUCAAACAUCAGGAAUCUUGGAUUUGAAAUUGCAGAGCUGAUUGUGCACGACUCCUACACAUAUGUUCCUCCCCAAGGCCGCCAUUACAACAUGAGGAACCGACCCCAGGAUAUGGGACUCGUGCUAGAUAUGUUUGGUUGGGAGUAUCAGAAGUUCUACGCUUUCUGUUUAGCUCACUUAUUCACAUAUCAGUCGUUCCCAGGGAAACUAGGCUUGGCAUACAUAGCUUCGUGGAGGAACACUGAUUUGGGGGGAAUGUGUUCUCCGGUGGCAUUUAAGGACGGUAGAAAAAUGGCAGCAAACACUGGACUCAGUACCUACCGUAAUCCUGAUGGAAGCCAAGCUCUCGUCCACCAAGCCACCAUCACUACAGCUCACGAAUUUGGUCAUAAUUGGGGGAGUGAACAUGACCCGGACACUGAUAACUGCGCCCCCUCCACUUCAGACGGUGGCCGCUUUAUCAUGUAUCCUUCCGCCGUCUCUGGAUACGAAAAAAAUAAUCAGCUCUUUUCGCCAUGUAGUAAACAGUACAUUUACAAAGUUGUAAUGAUGAAAGGAUAUGACUGCUUUAAAGAGGCAUCAGACUCAGGACAGGGCUUAUGUGGUAAUGGCCGUCUGGACAAGAAUGAAGAAUGUGAUGCUGGCUACACAGGCGACAAAUGCUGUAAUGAAAAGUGUGAGUUCAGGGUCAAAGUUCGAGGUCAAAUUCAAUGCAGCCCCAUGAACUAUGCUUGCUGUGUGAAUUGUACUGUUGCACCGCCCGGUUAUCAGUGCUUAGACCAGUUUGACGACAACUUUGAUUGCAAGGGGAAAUCCCAUUGCAAUGGAGGCCUUACCUGUCCAAAAGCCACUUUUAAAGUCGACAAUACCUCCUGUCUAAAUGGAUAUGGGAAAUGUAAAAAUGGACAAUGUUUGGACCCAUGUAAAGAUGUGGGCAGAUAUCCAUGUCUCUGUUCAGGGGAUGAUGCAUGUAAAACAUGCUGCUACAAACUCAAUACACAGCUUUGUGAGCCUUUAUCAGAGAAAAUUCUGGAGGAUGGGAGACCAUGCUACAAUGGAUUUUGUAAACAAGGAAAAUGUAGAAAAUCAGAGUCCAAACUGGUGCAAAGGCUGUAUUCCAUAAUUCAGUCUUUGAGUAUUGACUUUGUGGCUGAGUUUAUGAAGAACAACAUUGUGUGGACAGUGCUUAUAUUGGCGACCCCAUUGUGGAUCGUGGGUAUUGCAAUCAUUAAUAAAUUGGAUAAGAAAAAUGACAUGAAAUCGGAAGGAGUAGACGAUAAGGAUGGAAGGAUGAAAGCUUUGAUAGCUGACGAUGACAAAGUACUUCACGUCAGUCGACGUCCAAAACCUUUAGAUUUUAGUACUUGAACAGUGAAUCAAGAUCAUAACAAUCAAUUAUUGUGAUAAAAAUCCUCCUUCUGACAAUUAAGGUUGUUUUACUGAGAGAGAGAGAGAGAGAGAGAGAGAGAGAGAGAGAGAGAGAGAGAGAGAGAUGUGCAAUGUAUGUUGACUUUUACAUGUAUCUGUAUAAUACAUGCUGCAAUUUUUGCUUUCAUAAAAUCAAAUGUUAAUUUUGAUUUGAUGUGUAUAUAAAUUGUUAAAUUGUAGGUUUUUUUUAUAGAUAUAACUUAGAUAUAGAUAAGAAAUACAUUUUAGACAUCAAAAUUAUUGUUGGCUUGGUAGUUGUUUUAUGAGGUUUAGUUUUAAUUGAUAUGGAUAACCUGUUCUACAUUUUACUCUGAAAACUAGUAUUUACCCUCAGUGGGCAAACUGGUGUCAACAAAGUUUUUUUUCUUUCAAGUACAUUAAUACAAAAAAGGUGAUAUGAUAAACAAAUCCAUGUUAGUAAUUGUAUCUGUGCUCUAUUAAACAUCUCAUUUUUAAGUCUCUUUUGUUUAUAAACAGUCUAAGCAAUGCGUGGCAACCAAUCAUUACUCAUUAUGCAAGGUGCAAAGGGAAUAAAAUUGUUUUGCGCGUGUAAGUUAGUCGGUUGGUGUGUCGGACUCUAAAAAAGUAAUAUCUAUAUAUAUUCAAAACGGUGAAAUUCUUUCAUUUGACGGACUCCAAAUAUGGUAUAUGUUUAAUGACCCCUAUUGAUUUUGGGGUCUAAGGUCAAACUAUUCCAGAAAUCGAAUAAUAGACGGAGUGUUCAAUAAAUAACAUAAGAACCGUUUGUUGUGCUAAAUUCAAACUUGGUAGAGGGAUGCCCCCUAAAAUGAUGAUAAUCUGCUUGAUUAUGACGUCACUAGGUCAUAGUUCAAGGGUCCAACUUACUCUGGAUAUAGGCGGAUAUUAGGAUAUUGUCAUUACUUUUAAGUUAUAGCGAAAUCAUUGUUCUGAUAAGAUUGAAAAAUGUAAUGUCUUCCAUAUGUUAAAAUUGUUUGUAAUGAAAAGUUAAAUGUAACAUUAUGAUGUGGGAUGUUUUAUGUGUGUGUGUGUGUGUGUGUGUGUGUGUGUUUGUAAGCACCUGAAUACCACUACACGAGUAUGAAUACACACGUUUUAUCCCACUACAUUUUUUCUUCCCACUACAUGCACCCGUGUAGUGGGAAGUAAAAUCGUUCGGAAACGUUAUUUCUCAUCGUACUUGAUUCAAAAAAUAUAAAAUUGUACUAUGUUUGGGUUUCCGGUGUGUAUGUGGAUUUUUUGACACUCAUCGUGGAGUCCAUAAGAGUACUUUACACACUUUCCUCCAUUGGAUAUAAAUAGCGCAUGCGCAAUCGGAACUUCCUACUCGAAGAUGGAAAUAAUUGUUUACAAGACUCAAAACCAAAAAUUUUGUUUGCAAAUAGUGACUGAUGUGCCUUAUGAUGUAGAUGUUGGAUAUUGUGCUUUUCCAGAGAAAUGGCCCAAAAUGGAAAGCAUCUGCAGACAAUGACUGAUAUGUUUUUUGAUGCAGAUGUUUAAAAUGAUGCUUUUGAAGGAAAAAUAUCCAAGCUAAAUGAGGUUUGCUGAGAAAAGUGUUUGUCUCACAUGGAAAAGCCAUUGUCUAAGAUUAUACAUAUUAAGCACCAGUGUUCAGACAUAGGUUAACUUCCUAGAUAGACGAUUGAGGACCAAUAGUGUCAACAGAAAAAAAUCAUGCCAUGAAUAUUGCUUUAAUCAAUACUGGUUUAGAAAUGAUAAUGAAACUCUGGUACAUUUUUUAUUGAUCGUGUGGUUUUCAUGUAUUCUCCCAAAAAUGAAGAUAUGAGAGAAUUAAUACACUUUUUACGUGUACAUGUACGUGUAAAUUCAGUACCAUUGAAAGUUGGGUUAUACAAUGUACAUAUUUUGCUGUUUUAAUGUUCCUAAACGAUCAUAUUGCCUUGUUCAUAUUAAUAUUUAAAUGUUUUAGUAAUACUCAAUAAAAAGUCAUAGUCUAA